UCUGGUGAAAAGAUGUUUUUUUCCUUCGAUUGGUUCAUCAUACUUCUGUACCACUGGAUGGACACAACUUUAUCCCUAAAUCUAGAGGAUCCAAAUGUGUGUAGCCACUGGGAGAGUUAUUCUGUUACUGUACAAGAAUCGUAUCCCCAUCCUUUUGAUCAAGUUUACUACACCAGCUGUACAGAUAUAUUGAACUGGUUUAAAUGCACGCGGCACAGAAUUAGUUACCGGACUGCCUACAGGCAUGGAGAAAAAACUAUGUAUAGACGGAAAUCUCAGUGUUGCCCUGGAUUUUAUGAAAGCAGGGAGAUGUGCAUCCCUCACUGUUCUGAUAAAUGUAUCCAUGGCCGUUGCAUUGCUCCAAACACCUGUCAGUGUGAGCCUGGUUGGGGCGGACCCAAUUGCUCCAGUGCCUGUGAUAGUUACCAUUGGGGGCCACACUGCAGUAGUCGCUGCCAAUGCAAAAAUGGCGCCUUAUGUAACCCUAUCACUGGAGCCUGCCAUUGCACUGCUGGAUUUAAGGGAUGGCGCUGUGAGGAACACUGUGACCAAGGGACAUACGGAAACGAUUGCCACCAAAAAUGCCAGUGUCAGAAUGGAGCCACUUGUGAUCAUGUGACUGGAGAAUGCAGAUGCCCUCCUGGAUACACUGGAGCUUUUUGUGAGGAUCUCUGUCCCCCUGGGAAACAUGGGCCACAAUGUGAAGAAAGAUGUCCAUGCCAGAAUGGAGGAGUUUGUCAUCAUGUAACUGGGGAAUGUGCAUGUCCUCCUGGAUGGAUGGGCACAGUCUGUGGCCAGCCUUGUCCUGAAGGGCGUUAUGGAAAGAACUGCUCCCAAGAAUGCCAGUGCCACAAUGGAGGGACAUGUGACUCAGCAACAGGUCAAUGCUACUGCAGCCCAGGUUACACAGGGGAACGGUGUCAAGAUGAAUGUCCAGUGGGGACCUUUGGAGUACAAUGUGCAGAAACCUGCCAAUGCAUGAAUGGUGGGAAAUGCUAUCACAUUAGUGGUGCGUGUUUUUGUGAGCCAGGAUAUACAGGAGAACACUGCGAAACAAGACUGUGUGCAGAAGGUGUUUAUGGUAUCAAAUGUGACACCAGAUGCCCUUGUCAUUUGCCAAAUACCCACAGCUGUCACCCAAUGUCUGGAGAAUGCUCCUGCAAACCGGGCUGGUCUGGACUCUACUGUAAUGAGACCUGUUCCCCCGGAUUCUACGGCGAAUCUUGUCAACAGAUCUGCAGUUGCCAAAAUGGUGCUGACUGUGAUAGCGUGACUGGAAAAUGUGUCUGUGCCCCAGGAUUCAAGGGUUCGGAUUGUUCUAUUCCUUGUCCUCUUGGAACAUACGGAGUAAAAUGUUCAUCGACCUGCAACUGUAAAAAUGAGGCCAUCUGUUCCCUAGUGGAUGGCUCUUGUACCUGCAAAGCAGGUUGGCAUGGAGUGGACUGUUCUGUAAAGUGUCCUAGUGGGACAUGGGGUCUUGGCUGCAAUUUAACAUGCCAGUGUCUUAACGGUGGGGCAUGCAAUACCCUGGAUGGCACUUGCACUUGUGCUCCUGGAUGGAAAGGGGACAAAUGUGAGCAUCCAUGUCCGGAUGGCACAUAUGGAUUGGAUUGUGCAGAGCGCUGUGACUGCAGUCAUGCAGAUGGUUGUCACCCAACUACUGGCUACUGUCGCUGCCUCCCAGGAUGGUCAGGUAUGCGUUGUGACAGUGUGUGUCCUGAAGGGCACUGGGGUCCAAACUGUUCACUGUCCUGCUACUGCAAAAAUGGAGCGUCAUGUUCUCCAGAUGAAGGAAUCUGUGAAUGUGCACCGGGCUACAGAGGCACUACUUGCCAAAGAAUUUGCUCUCCUGGAUUCUAUGGUCAUCGCUGUAGCCAAGCCUGCCCUCAGUGUGUGCACAGCAGUGGUCCCUGCCAUCAUGUAACUGGACUUUGUGAUUGUCUACCUGGAUUUACAGGUGCUCUUUGCAAUGAAGUCUGUCCGAGUGGCAGAUUUGGGAAGAACUGUGCAGGCGUUUGCACAUGCACCAACAAUGGGACUUGUAAUCCAAUUGACAGAUCUUGUCAGUGUUAUCCUGGCUGGAUUGGUAGUGACUGUUCUCAGCCUUGUCCUCCUUCCCAUUGGGGCCCAAAUUGUAUUCAUACCUGCAAUUGCCAUAACGGAGCUCGGUGUAGUGCCUAUGAUGGGGAGUGCAAAUGUACACCUGGAUGGACUGGUCUCUACUGUACACAAAGAUGUCCUUUGGGAUUUUAUGGAAAAGACUGUGCCCUGAUCUGCCAAUGUCAGAAUGGAGCUGACUGUGAUCACAUCUCAGGGCAAUGUACCUGCCGCACUGGAUUCAUGGGGAACCACUGUGAACAGAAGUGCCCUCCAGGUACAUAUGGGUAUGGUUGCCGGCAAAUAUGUGACUGUCUGAACAACUCAACAUGUGACCACAUCACUGGAACCUGUUAUUGCAGCCCUGGCUGGAAAGGGGCAAGAUGUGACCAAGCUGGGGUAAUCAUAGUGGGAAAUUUGAACAGCUUAAGCCGUACGAGCGCUGCCAUCCCUGCUGAUUCUUACCAGAUUGGGGCCAUAGCUGGCAUCAUUGUUCUUGUCCUCGUUGUCCUCUUUCUGCUAGUGCUAUUCAUCAUUUACCGGCAAAAACAGAAGGGGAAGGAAACAAAUAUGCCAGCAGUUAGCUAUACACCUGCCGCGAGGGUCAUAAAUGGAGACUACACUAUUUCAGAAACCAUUCCUCACAGUAAUGGUGGAAAUGCAAAUAGUCACUACUUCUCCAAUCCCAGCUACCACACCCUGACACAGGGCGGAAACCCAGCAAACAUUAACAACAUUGACAGGAUGACACUGGCAAAGACAACUAACAACCAACUGUUUGUGAAUCUCAAGAAUGUGGAACCUGGGAAGCGAGGCCCUGUCAUGGAUUACACAGGAACGUUGCCUGCUGACUGGAAGCACGGAGGUUACCUUAAUGAACUUGGGGCUUUUGGAAUUGAUAGAGGUUGCCUAGGGAAAUCUCUGAAAGAUCUAGUGAAGAAUUCUGAAUGCAAUAUAAGUAACUGCUCUCUAAGUAGCUCUGAAAAUCCAUAUGCUACUAUUAAAGAUCCACCAGCACUCACUCCAAAAAAUUCAGAUUGUGGAUAUGUUGAAAUGAAGUCACCAGCACGCAGGGACUCUGCAUAUGCAGAAAUAAGUAAUAGUGCUUCAACCAACAAGAAUGUGUAUGAAGUUGAACCUACAGUCAGUGUUAUCCAAGGAACAACAAAUAACAAUGAACCUUUCAGCCAAGAUCUUUAUGAUCUACCAAAAAACAGCCACAUCCCUUGCCAUUAUGAUCUGCUGCCUGUUCGGGAUAGUCCUGCUUCUUCAGAGAAAGACGAUAAUAGUGAAUGACACCUGAUGAGCAUUCUGGGGCACAGUCAAGGAGACCUAGGAUGUUGUUAUCCUUCUCCUCCUAUUUUGCCAUUCAGUAAACAUUUGCUGCAAGAUAAUCAAACUAUGAUUUUUGUACAUAUGCACAGCAGAUGGAUCAAUGUCAAACUUGGAAGAUCCUGACAUAAUUUCCAUUGCAAUAAGGUGGCUUUUU